AGGAGACUGUGGUCAGCAGCGGUCCGGAGAGGAGGCAGUGGUCAGCGGGGUACUGGAGAGGAGACUGUGGUCAGCAGCGGUCCGGAGAGGAGGCAGUGGUCAGCGGGGUACUGGAGAGGAGACUGUGGUCAGCAGCGGUCCGGAGAGGAGGCAGUGGUCAGCGGGGUACUGGAGAGGAGACUGUGGUCAGCAGCGGUCCGGAGAGGAGGCAGUGGUCAGCGGGGUCCGAGAGGAGACUGUGGUCAGCAGCGGUCCGGAGAGGAGGCAGUGGUCAGAAGGGGUUCCGGAGAGGAGGCUGUGGUCAGCAGCGGUCCGGAGAGGAGGCAGUGGUCAGAAGGGGUUCCGGAGAGGAGGCUGUGGUCAGCAGCGGUCCGGAGAGGAGGCAGUGGUCAGAAGUGGUUCCGGCGAGGAGGCUGUGGUCAGCAGCGGUCCGGAGAGGAGGCAGUGGUCAGAAGUGGUUCCGGAGAGGAGGCUGUGGUCAGCAGCGGUCCGGAGAGGAGGCAGUGGUCAGAAGUGGUUCCGGAGAGGAGGCAGUGGUCAGCAGGGGUUCCGGAGAGGAGGCAGUGGUCAGCAGGGGUUCCGGAGAGGAGGCAGUGGUCAGAAGUGGUUCCGGCGAGGAGGCUGUGGUCAGCAGGGGUUCCGGAGAGGAGGCAGUGGUCAGCAGGGGUUCCGGAGAGGAGGCUGUGGUCAGCAGGGGUUCCGGAGAGGAGGCAGUGGUCAGCAGGGGUUCCGGAGAGGAGGCAGUGGUCAGCAGGGGUUCCGGAGAGGAGGCUGUGGUCAGCAGGGGUUCCGAAGAGGAGGCUGUGGUCAGCAGGGGUUCCGGAGAGGAGGCAGUGGUCAGCAGGGGUUCCGGAGAGGAGGCAGUGGUCAGCAGGGGUUCCGGAGAGGAGGCAGUGGUCAGAAGGGGUUCCGGAGAGGAGGCUGUGAUCAGCAGAGGUCUGGAGGAGGGGCUGUGGUCAGUAGGAGUCCUGGAGAGGCUGUGGUCAUCAGGAGUCCAGAGAGGAGGCUGUGGUCAGUGGGGGUCUGGAGAGCAGGCUGUGGUCUGCAGGGUUCUGGUAAGAGGGAGGCUGUGCCUGCAGGGUGUCGGGGUGGGUAGCUGUUGUUGGCUGGGCAGCUGUGGUCAGCUGGCACCCAACCUCAAGUCGCAUUUCCAGUUGAUAUUCAUACAACAAAAAUGGAAAACUUUGUCCUUUAUGAGGAAAUUGGAAAAGGAAAUAAAUCUACGGUUUAUAAAGGCAGAAGAAAGGGAACUAUCAAUUUUGUAGCUAUUUUGUGUAUUGACAAAUCAAAAAGGCCAGAGAUCACCAAUAGGGUGCGACUUACUCAUGGCAUUGAACACCAGAACAUCGUAUUAUUUCAUGAGUGGUAUGAGACUAGCAAUCACCUCUGGCUGGUAGUGGAACUAUGCACAGGAGGCUCACUAGCGAUGGUCAUCGCCCAAGAUGAAUAUUUACAUGAAGAUGUAGUUAGACAGUUCGGUAUUGACUUGGUGACGGGUUUGCGCCAUAUUCAUGAACUGGGCAUAAUUUUUUGUGAUCUUAACCCUGCCAAGAUAUUGCUGGAUGGACCAGGCACUCUGAAAUACAGUAACUUCAGUUUAGCCAAAGCAGAAGGAGAAAAUUUGGAUGAAUUCUUUUCACUGAUUGGUGCAGAAGAUGAUGUAGGGGAAAGCAGCAACGGCACACAAAAAAGAAAGUCUAAAAUUCGGACCCGAGGGUCUUCAACAUAUAUGGCUCCAGAAAUUCUGAAGGGUGAAGAUUGUUCUCCAGUCAGUGAUUUAUGGUCUCUGGGCUGUGUACUGUACGAGAUGUUUACAGGAAAACCACCAUUUUUCUCCAAAAACUUAUCUGAGCUGGCCGAAAUGAUUUUGUACAAAGAUCCACCACCACCUAAGCCUCAAGAAUCUACCGGGCAAAAACCUUCCACUGAAUUUCUUGGUUUGAUUGAAGACUUACUUCAGAAAGACCCUUCAAAAAGGCUAAACUGGAGAGGCUUAUUGCUGCAUCCUUUCUGGGGAGGAGCCUUUGCUAGAUGUGAAAAAUCCUUCAAUGAAGAAGACAACAGUUGCAGCUUGAGUGAUAAUGAAAUGUGUUCGUCAGUCGUCACUAGUGAUCAGCCGCAGACUGGAGGAAGUAAAAGCCUGCAAGCAUCAAGUCCUCAAAUGGACAGCAACCAGCAACAAAAAUCCUACAAAUUAGAAAAUCCUGCUGAUUUACAGCCAAAGAGUGCACUGGACAUUAACUCCAAGGAGCCCAUCUUCUUACUUAGCUCUCAUCCAACACCAAGAACUAGCUCAAAUGUAAGCCAGAGCGGCAGUAUAAUCCAGAGUGCUCCAGCAAAAGGCUCCUCGGUUUCCCCACAGGAUAUGGACUCUAAAAUAAAAGGGCUUAUAUACACUGAGGCUGAUCUUACAGUGACCCCCAUUAUGGAUAACCCUAAGAUAUUGAAACCAACACCCAUGAAGUUUGAUGCCAAAACAUUAAGUGUUCCAGCCUAUUCAGCUGAGAAAUUGGCAUCCCUAAAGGGACAGGAUUGGACUCUUUUCAUACAGCAGCUGUGCUCACUGAUUGACGCUGGAGAGAAGACUGCAGGGGCACCAAGAGCCAAAUUGAACUUGAUGUGCUAUCUCUGUUCAGUGACCAGUCACAAGGAGGUUGCUACAAGACUAAUCGAAUCACAGCUGUUCCCAGUGUUAACCCAGCAGCUGCGCUCAGCUCCAAAUUGGGAUAUCCGUGCCAAGAUGAUCCGUCUGAUUGGCUUGCUGGCCUGCCACACAACUGAAUUGAAGGAUGAUGUACCAAUCAUAGAAGCUGUCACAGUAUUAACUGAGCUGACACGCGAGAACUUCAGGAACACUAAACUGAAACAUUGCCUGAUACCUGCACUAGGAGAGGUCCUGUACCUUGUGGCCAACCAGGAGGAGAAAAGACCGCACUCAAGAGACCACUGGGCCAUCCCCUCCAUUACCUACACUGUGCUGAUGAGAUGCAUUCGGGAAGGGGGCGAUCCUGCUACUAAUCACUUAGCUGCAAAGAUUGUGGAGAAUGUAUGUACCACUAAUUCACCUCCAGCUCAAGGAUUCAUUACUGGAGAAAUCGGUCUGUUGCUUUGGUACCUGUUCACACAUUCAACCAUGGAUUCUUUGCGGGUGACAACCAUUUCAGCUUUAUGUAGGAUUACUCGCCAUUCUGCCAGUGCUUUUCAAAGUGUCAUUGACAAGGUCGGCCUAACAGCAGUGCUGAACUCCCUGGUGGCUGGAAUAAGCCGCAUUCAACAGUACAUGUUGACCAUGUUUAUUGCCAUGCUGUCAUCUGGUAUCCACUUACAAAGACUGGUGCAGGAAAAGGACUUUGUUACGAAAGUUGUCCGUCUCUUGGAAAGCCCAUCGACAGUAAUUCGAGCAAAAGCUUUCCUUGUCUUAUUGGAAGUUUUAAGGAAUAACAAGGAGAUGUUGCUGCUUUGUUGCCAGACAAGGUUAGUAAUGUAUAUUGAAAGAGACAGCAGAAAAGCCACACAGGGGAAGGAACAGCAAAACAACAAUGAAUACCUGUCCAAAUGUCUGGACCUGUUAAUUUGUCAUAUUGUUCAAGAGCUGCCUGGAAUUACAGGUGGUGUUCUUUCUGCACUGUAUAACGUUUCUGGGCGCAAGCAUCCAUCAACUAUUCAAGCAAAACAUUUGAAGACAUGUCUUCCCAUGAUGCCUGUAAUGCUCCAUCUUGUGACAGCUCAGAUAUUUAGACCCCAGAUUAUCAAUAAGGAAUUUCUUGUCAAUUGUGGAGCAUUGCUUAAUCACAUUAAAUCCAUCGAUUCCGGAGAAACAAAUUUGGAAAGUGCAGUUGGUCAAACCGGUUCAGAAGAACUUAUCAGAAUAGUUUUCUCAUCAUGGGAAGCCAUUACUCAGCAUCCAAUGCUACUGACUAAUCAUCAUUCUACAAUUGUUGACUGCAUUCUCCCACCCUUGGUUUCCCUCGUGCUUAGUCAGAAUGUGGAGUGGCGGAUCUUCAGCUUGCGACUACUGUCAGAAACCACAUCUCUUGUGGCAAACCAUGAGACUGUGUUAGGAGGUAAAGCAGAGCACCCUACCACAAACAGCAAAUUACUGACCCUCUUCCGGGAAUCACUGCUCCCUCAUUAUGACCAGAUUAUGGUGGAGCCAGAUCCAGUGCCACUUUAUGCCUUGAAGUUGCUCGUCACUCUGACAGAUCAUAGUCCAGUUUUCAUCAGAUUAAUUGAAGAAAGCCAGGUUGUGCCUAUUCUUUUCCAGGUCAUUUUGGAACAGCAGGACAAUGUACUGGGAACUGCAAUGCAAAGCGUAAUAUUACUUUUCAACAACAUAGUUGCCUAUAAAGAUGCCAACAUGAAAAUGCUUUACGAACAAGGUCUUGUUGAUUCUGUCCAUAACUUAUUUGUUGAAACCACGGCCAUCUACCUCGAAACGGAUGAUAAAAGUGGCUUGAAGACCACAAGCAAUCUGUUGUUAUCUCUAAUUGAUAUUUUACACCAUAUGCUGAAGCACACAUCCAAUGUUGUUCGCUCUGCUUUGCAGGCUCAGAAAUCAGGCACAGGAGGGGACACUCAGGCUGCUGAGGAACUUCUGCUUAUCAAUAAACCCCUGACAGACUUAAUUAGCCUGCUUAUUCAACUGCUCUCCAGUGAUGAUCCAGAUGUGUAUGAGAGUUCAUUGCAUUCUCUAUCAUUCAUGGUUCAGCUGUAUGGUGGUGAAAACCAAGACAGCCUAUCCCCAGAAAGUAUGGACUCUUUCGCAGAAGCACUGAAAUGUAGAAAGGAUCCAAAACAGCAGAAACUUCUACUUAGAGUCAUCAAAAGGCUGGUAAGCUCAAACGAGAAACAUGCAGAAAGCCUCAAGAGUGAAGGAGACAUUCUCAUUGAAACUCUACAAAGACUGGCGCAAGCUGCCAGCUCCCAUUCUGAUAUUGCCAUUGCAUCUUUGGCCACCGAAAUCCUGAAACUCAUUGAGCAGUGAACAGGAAGCAACCACGACUCCCAGCUACGCAAUGUCACUUAGGGCUGAAGAGGAAUGGGUUUUCUCCACUGGCCUUUAUGUUGGCUGGUUUUCUUGGACCACAAGAAUUUGAUAUACGAAAGCAAAUCCAUCAAACAAACUGCUGCAAAAUUGGAAAGAAAGGAACAGCAAAAGCCAUUGUAAGAAGUCAUUACUUUGCAACAGGUGAAAAGGAUUGUUUGACCUCCUUUAACAUGACAUGAAGUUUCGGUACAAAUGAUGACAAAAUACAGUGUUUUCAAUAUGUUCUGAUGUUUUAAGCAAGUAUUUUAAAGAAAUUUCCACUCUGGUGGUGCAUUUUUUCCUAUAACUUAUGACACUUUGGACUUGUGAAUUACUUUCUGUACAGUUGGGGUUGGAUCCUCACUCUGAAUGUUUAGAAAAACAUUGCUCUUCACUGUACUUCUGUGAACAGUCUAGAGUAGCAAAUAAAUAAAAUAAUUAUUAAGUA